CCCAGCUGGACUUUUCUCUUAGUUGUUUCUAUUUCCUAUAAUUGGACAUGGCUCCUCUGGGGAAAGUCAGCGCGUGGACGUUGCUGGCCGCAUCGAGUUUUCUUAGCUGCUGGUGUGAAGCGUCGAGGACUAUUGGUUCCAGCAGGGGGGAGCAAGGGGCCUCGUCCGUGGAACGGGUGAAGAGAGGAUGGGUGUGGAACCAGUUCUUUGUGGUGGAGGAGUACACGGGCACGGAACCGCUCUACGUUGGAAAGAUCCACACGGACUCCGACGAAGGCGAGGGUAGCAUCAAGUACACCAUCUCCGGAGAAGGGGCGGGCACCAUCUUCAUCAUCGACGAGCUAACAGGCGAUAUCCACGCCACGGAGAGGCUGGACCGCGAGGAGAAGGCCUUCUACACGCUGCGAGCGCAGGCCCGCGAUCGGCUCAGCGACGACCCGCUGGAACCGGAGUCGGAGUUCGUCAUCAAGGUCCAGGACAUCAACGACAGCGAGCCCAAGUUCUUGGAGGGGCCUUACAUCGGCAGCGUGGCCGAACUGUCUCCUAUAGGAACGUCUGUUCUCAACAUCACAGCGUCGGACGCCGACGACCCGUCUUACGGCAGCAGUGCCAGAGUUGUCUACAGCGUCCUGGAUGGAGAAAAGUUCUUCACCGUGGGCAGACACACAGGGAUCAUAAUGACAGCCGUGGCAGAUCUGGACCGCGAGACGCAGGAUCGUUACGAGCUGGUCGUCAAGGCAACCGACAUGGCAGGACAAAUGGGCGGUCUCUCCGGCUCCACCACAGUGACCAUCGUGAUCACGGACGUUAAUGACAACCCGCCACGCUUCCCGCAGAAGAUGUACCAGUUCACGGUGUCGGAAGGCGCGGCGGUGGGGACGCCGGUGGGACGCGUCAUCGCCACGGACGCAGACAUGGGGGAGAACACGGACAUGAGCUACCUGAUCCAGGAAGGGGGGGAGCUCUUCAAGGUGACCACCGACGCCAUGAGCCAAGAAGCUGUCGUCUCUAUCAAGAAGCCACUGGACUUUGAGAGCAAGCGCACCCACAACGUAGUGGUUGAGGCUGUAAACAAGCAUGUGGACCCUCGCUUUGUGGACCUGGGCUCCUUCCGGGACCAGACCAUAGUCCGCGUCAGCGUGUCGGACGUGGACGAGCCGCCGCUCUUUCAGCCUGCGGAUGGCGCCGUCAUGGAGGUGCAGGAGGACGCCAAAGUGGGAGCGCUGGUCGGCGUCGUCACUGCUCGAGACCCCGAUGUGAAAAAUAAACCGGUCAGGUUUUCCAUCGAUCGCAGCACAGACCAGGACAUGAUUUUCCACAUACAACCUGACUCGGGCGCCAUCACGCUGGACAAGAUUUUGGACCGUGAGACAGCAGGCUGGCACAAUAUCACCGUGAUGGCAGUGGAAGCAGAUAACCACACCAUGGCGUCGCACUCAGCUCUGAGCAUUCGGAUACUGGAUGUGAACGACAAUCCUCCUGAGCUCGCCACACCCUACGAAGCCUUCAUAUGUGAAAACGCCGAGGCCGGCAAGAUAAUUCACACCAUCAGUGUGGUGGACAAAGACGAGCCGCAGACCGGCCAUCACUUCUACUUCACGCUGGCCCCUGGAGCCUCCGGCAAUCGACACUUUAACCUGUGGGACGUCAAAGACACCACCGCCGGCAUCCGAACGGAGCGCUCGGGCUUCAAACGCCACGAGCAGAACGUCUACUUCCUGCCCAUUCAAGUGGUUGACAGCGCCCUCCCGUCCCACAGCUCCACGGGCACCCUGACCAUUCACAUCUGCGGCUGCGACACAGAGGGAGCCAUCCAGUCCUGCGACGCUACAGCGUAUGUAAUGAGCGCAGCUCUCAGCCCGGGGGCGCUUAUUGCACUGCUGGUGUGCAUGCUCAUCCUUAUAGUCCUCGUCUUGCUCAUCCUGACCCUCAAACGCCACCGCAAAGGCCAGCGGAUGGCCGAGGACGAGGAGGACAUGCGGGACAACGUCAUCAAGUACAACGACGAGGGCGGCGGUGAGCAGGACACUCAGGCGUACGACAUGAGCGCCCUCAGGAACCUCUAUGACUUCCCCGAGGCCAAGAGCGCCGCCGCCGAGUCGGGCCCGGACAUCCGCUCGCUGCCGCAGUGGUUGCAGGCGAACCGGUUAGGGGGCAGGGCGGCGGCGGCGGAGUCGUGUUCGGCCGCCGACUUCUCCCUCUUCAAAGGCUACAUCCGCAAGAAGGUGGAGCAGGCCGACGCCGAUCUGUCGGUGCCGCCGUAUGACUCGUUCCAGACGUACGCCUUUGAGGGUACGAGCUCGCCUGCUCUGUCGCUUAGCUCCAUCCACACACUGUCCACCACCUCCGAGCAGGAUUUCUCAUACCUCAGUGACUGGGGGCCGCGAUUCCGGCAGCUGGCCGGCUAUUACGUGCCAGGAAAGCGCGAUGAGGACGGGUCCUAGCAGAGUGUCACGUCCUUGGAGAGACUUCUUCGAUAUUGUCCUCUUUGUUUGUCCUGUAUUCUCCUAAAACACACAGCAGAAAAUCCUCCGUUAUCGCACUUGGUUUCUCCAACCCGGUUUUUGCUUUUCUGAAGGACUUUAUUCAGGAAAUUGAGUGUUACAGCAGUGAGAGAAAGGAGGAUUCGGCUUUGCGGAAUUGCCAUUUGUCAAACUGAAGGAGAAAGCAGGAGCAACUGUUCCGGAAAAUCAUAGUUCGGGAACAUCUCUGUGUGUCUCUCUAUAUGGACAGAAGCAUUGGGACAAACCUUUUCAUCAAUGGACUCAUCCAUCAUGGUUUGGACUCGUGGUAUCCAUCCAUUUUCAAUAGUGUUUAUCCUCACUAGUGUCGCGGGGUAGCUGGAGCUUAUCCCAGUGGACUUUUGGCGAGAGAAGUACGGUACACCUCGGGUUUGAUGCCAAACAAUCGCAUAUAGACAAACAACCAUUUGCGCUUACAUUUAGAGGAGAUUCAAGUCAGUUUUAUUUAUAUAGCGUCAAUUACCUGAAGGCACUUUACCCAUUGAUCAUGUCAAGAACCACAGUCCUCGUACAUGUAUACCCUUAGAAUAAAACCAACAGAAGCCCACAUGAGCAAGCACUUGGCGACAGAGGCAUGGAAAAACUUCGACCAGAACCCAGGCUCUGUAGGGAAACCGUCUGCCUUGAGAUGGCGAGAAAGAGUAGAGGAAGAAGAGGGUCGUUAGAGAGAGAAAACAGGAUCGAGCGAUUUGAGCAGCCGGGGGAGGGACGAAAGAACAAUGGGCACAACAACAGCCGUAUCAACAACAGUAAUAUCCCACGAUGACAGCAAGAAGACGCAACCAAAACCCCUGUCCCUGGCCUCACCACCGCCGAUAACAAGCAGAUAAAUGUGAAGGCGCACCUCCAGAAACGGAGCGCACAAAUAAUAGGGGAGAGACAAAGAGAAGCAGCUUAGUAUCGUAACUGCAUGGAUGGUGAUAAGGUGAUAAGGAUCGAGAGGAAAGAAAAGCAGAAACUGAGCUCAGCGCUUCAAGGGGGAUCCUGUGGCAGUCUAGGCCUAUGGCAGCAUAAACAAGAGGUGAGCCAGGAAAAGCUUCAGUCAUCCCUGACUAAUACUGAAACUCUAGAAGAGAGAGAAAAUUUCAGUCGUUCGGACUGGUUCCACAGGAGACGAGCCUGAUAGCUAAAGGCUCGACCUCCCAUUCUACUUACAAUUUUUUGGAAACCAUAUCCAUCUAAAGUCUGGGAGCUUACAUAAAAUAAGGCUUCGAAAUUGUGAAAAGUCAAGCUAUUCUCUCAGGUCACAAAUACAGUGUCCGCUGAAUGUGUUGAAACCCUUCCCUGAUCAACUGUCAAUCAAAUACCACUUCUACAACCUGGACUAAAAAGUGAUGCUACUACAGCUAGUAUCUGCGAGCUGCGAAAAUAUUUCCGCUUCAAGCCUCCGGUGGCUCUAAUAGAUCCCACCGGGUCGUCACGGGGCUUUUCCAUGUCAUAUCAACGAGGCACUCUAAAGCGGCCAAGCCAGCGCGAAGCCCGGGUCCUCACGCUGGCCGUCAAGUCGGACUCCCAUCCAGCCCCCUUCUCACUAUGACGUGCGCACUCACGGCUGACAACGAGGCGCUCUGAAGCAGCCACGGCAGGGGACUAUCCUAAUGGAAAAUGCAUAUUCGGGGUGUUGGCAUAGCUAACUAGCUAACAGUACGUCACAACUGUGCCGGAUAACCUCUGAUGAGAACAAAGGCGCUAAAGUUUUUACAUCGCGGGCAAGGGGCGACUCAUGCCAGGACUCCAAAGUGCGUCACGUGGUGCCGUUUUAGCCACACCCCAAAAAACAAAACAGGAAAACUGAAAUGGUGAAAAAGAGUUUGAUGCUAUAGCUCCCCAACUGAGUACUACAGUGGAGCCCCGCUAUUCGCAGGGAAUAGGGUCUGAAAAUCUGUGGAUAAUUGACACCCAUUAUAAUUGUUCCUAUGACUGUGACAAUAAAGUUUGAUUCUAUUCUGAAGCGGUCACAGCUACUGUAAUAGGGACGUGCGGUCUGACUUUUGCUGCUCGUGGGUUUGAGCCCCAGCUCAUGCAUCAAUUUGUGAAUGUGAGUUAAUUUUGUAACUGAUGUUGUAUGCAUUCAGACAACAACAACAAAAAAAACUUCAGCUGUCCCAAUACUUAUUUCUUCUCAGUGCCCACCCGCCAGAUGGGUGACAGUUCCUCAGUCUCUUGUUUUUCACACCGGAUGCCGCAGAUGGCCAAGGAAACCCUUCAAUAUUUUUUUUUCAAAAACAGGCGAUGAUAUUUAUGUAUUUAUUUGAUUUUCUAUGUAUUUAUUUACACCGAUUUUCACCGGAAUGUGAGACUUGGAGGUAAAAAAAUGACAGCUCACGUGUGAGUUUGCCGCUGGAGUAGAUUUUUAUUUUUUUUUUCCCCUAUGUGCUCUUUUACUAAAUACAUGAUGUGAGUCAUAUUAUGUGUUAAAAAAAAAAGACAUGGAAAGGAAAGGUUCUGAGCUUUUUUGCAUUUGGUGAAGCUGUGUUUUUUGUGCGUGAAGGAUUUCAUUCGUUUUUGUUCAUCUUGUCUACAAAACUGAUCUGAAGGCACAAAAUGAAACAAAAUGCUUCACGGAAUUGCCAAUUUUCUUUCCUAAAUUUUGCUCUUGUGUGUGUGUAAAAAAAAAAAAAAAAAAAAAAAAAAAAAUUCAUUUUGUAUUCUGAAAUCUUUGCUUGGCUCUUGUUUUAACUUUGUAUGAAGGGAAGGAGGUUGAAAAGGUAUAAUGAAUGAACUGGCCACAUCCUCCUUAUACCUACAACCUAUAAUUAAUGUUGACCUUAAUGUUUGGAAAUAAAGAGAGAAAAAGAAAUAAAUAUUUAAUUUUUGGGAUAAAUGC